AAGAAUCGACGGCUGAGAAUCCAUGAGAUCAACGGUGGUUCGGUGACCGGCGAUGGGUUUUUAACCGGCGAAGUGGGCAGUGGCAGCAGCGUAAUUUCGUAUCACGUGGACCAAAUUAUCCGCAAACCGCUAGUCCUCUCCGGGUCUCGUCUCUCUCUCUCUCUCUCGCUCUCUCUCUCUUUCUUUCUCUCGGACAUAACCCCAAAUCCAGACUCCUCAACUCCCAAGAAACCGUUUUCCUCUCUUCUCCGCCGCCGUCGCCCUAUCUCCGGCCGGCGCAUCUGCUUUCCGGCGAUCUCUUUAUCUCACUCGCUCUAGGGUUUUCUUUUUCCUUUUUUGCAUUUCGUGUUUCGCGUGAGGCCGGUGCUAUUUCAGUGUGAAUCUCUGAUUCUUCUGUUCUUUCCUUUGUGGGGGAAUGACGUUGCUGUUAGGGUUUUGAUUCUGCCCACUCGAGCUGUGGGAUACUGCUGGAAGAUUUGAAAUUUAGGGUUCCUUUUUUUUUUUUCUUUCUUUCUUUUUAUUUUUUAAAUUUACUUAAGGGGUUUGUCUUGAAAUUAGGGUUUUCAGUGUGAUUCAGUAUGCCGAGGGGUUCGAGGCACAAAUCUACUAGACAUGGGUUGAAGGAUGCUAGGGAAUCCUCGGACUCGGAGAAUGAUUCUACUGUAAGGGAUCGGAAGGGCAAAGAGAGUGGGAGUAGGGUAUUGAAGGACUCUGCUUCUAGUGAGAAGCGUAGAUUUGAUUCCAAGGACACGAAAGAGUUCUACGGUUCAGAGAAUCUGGAGACGGAAGAGCAUGGACAUUCGAAGAGGCGUAAGGAGAGAUAUGAUGAGGGAACGACUGAUAGGUGGAAUGGGGGAAGCGACGAUGAGCUUGGUGUUCCUUCCAAAAAGUCAAAACCGUCAGUUGAUUCAAAGAGCAAAAGAAGAGACGAAAGUGUGGGAUUGCAGGGGGGUGGCGAAGAACUCAAGAAGAGUAGUGGGAAGGGUGAGGGAAGGCACCGUGAGUCAAGCCGAAAGGAGGGUAGGAAUGGUGGAGGGGAAAGGGAAAGAGAUAGAGAUAGAGAUAGGGAUAGGGAUAGGGAUAGGGACAGAGAUAGGGAGAGGGAAAGGGAGAGGGAGAGGGAAAGGGAAAGGGAAAGGGAGAGGGAGAGGGAACGGGAAAGAGAAAGAGAACGGGAGAGGGAGAAGGAGAAGGAGAAGGAUAGGAAAGGUAGAGAAGGAAGAAGUGACAGAGGGAUUGCAAGUGAGGAACUACGUGUUGAAAAGCAAGUGGAAAAGAACGCAGAGAAUGUGUUGCAUAGCCCUGGAUUAGAGAAUCACCUGGAGACGCGAGGUAGGAAAGGAGCUGGUUCUUUUGAUGGAGAUAAACAUAAAGAUGAUGCAGGAGAUGUUGAAAAUAGACAGCUAUCCUCAAAGAAUGAUACUGUGAAGGAUGGAAGACGAAAGAGUGAGAAGUACAAGGAUGAGAGAAAUAGGGAGAAGUACCGGGAAGAUGUUGACAGGGAUGGAAAGGAAAGAGAUGAGCAACUUGUUAAAGAACACAUCAGCAGGUCAAAUGACAGAGAUUUGAGAGAUGAGAAGGACGCAAUGGAUAUGCAUCAUAAGAGAAACAAGCCUCAAGAUAGUGAUAUUGAUAGAGAGAUAACCAAGGCCAAACGUGAUGGUGAUCUAGAUGCUAUGCGUGAUCAAGAUCAUGAUCGACAUCAUGGAUACGAGCGUGAUCAUGAUCAAGAGAGUAGGCGCAGACGCGAUCGUGGUCGUGACCGUGACCGUGAACAUGAUCGGGAUGGGAGGCGAAAUCGUAGUCGAAGUCGUGCUCGUGACCGUUACUCCGAUUAUGAAUGUGAUCUUGACCGUGAUGGAUCACAUCUUGAGGAUCAAUACACAAAAUAUGUUGAUAGUAGGGGAAGGAAAAGGUCUCCAAAUGAUCACGAUGACUCUGUUGAUGCUAGAUCUAAAAGUUUGAAGAACAGUCAUCAUGCAAAUGAUGAAAAGAAGUCUUUGAGCAAUGAUAAAGUGGACUCAGAUGCCGAGAGAGGAAUAUCUCAAUCACGGUCUCGUCAUGGAGAUGUUAAUUUAAGCAGUCAUAGACGGAAGAGUUCACCUAGUUCUCUGUCACGUGUUGGCACAGAUGAAUACAGGCAUCAAGAUCAGGAAGAUUUGAGAGACCGAUACCCGAAAAAGGAAGAAAGGUCCAAAUCCAUUUCUACUAGAGAUAAAGGUAUUCUUUCAGGAGUACAAGAAAAGGGUUCAAAGUACAGUUAUUCAGAGAAACCCAGUGAAACAGAGGGUAGCAAUGCUACUGAGCUGUUACGAGACAGGUCUUUAAAUUCUAAGAAUGUUGACAUUGAAGAAAGUGGACGAAGGCACAAUACUUCUAUUGAUGCCAAAGACCUCUCUUCUAAUAAGGAUAGGCAUAGCUGGGAUAUACAAGGGGAAAAGCCUCUGAUGGACGAUCCAUCUCAGGCAGAGUCCUACUAUAGCAGCAAAGGUAGUCAGAGCAAUCCAUCACCAUUCCAUUCACGCCCUGCUUUUAGGGGUGGAGUUGACAUUCCUUUUGAUGGUUCACUAGAUGAUGAUGGCAGACUUAAUUCUAAUAGCCGUUUUCGAAGGGGUAAUGAUCCAAAUUUGGGUAGAGUACAUGGCAAUUCUUGGAGAGGUGUUCCAAACUGGUCAGCACCACUACCAAAUGGCUUUAUCCCUUUUCAGCAUGGACCUCCUCCUCAUGGAAGUUUCCAAUCAAUUAUGCCUCAGUUUCCAGCACCACCUUUGUUUGGUAUCAGACCUCCACUUGAAAUCAAUCACUCUGGAAUUCAUUAUCGGAUGCCCGAUGCUGAAAGAUUUUCCAGUCACAUGCAUUCACUAGGGUGGCAGAAUAUGUUGGAUGGUUCAAGCCCUUCUCACUUACAUGGAUGGGAUGGAAAUAACGGUAUCUUUAGAGAUGAAUCUCACAUUUAUAAUGGAGCCGAAUGGGAUGAAAACAGGCAGAUGGUGAAUGGUCGAGGAUGGGAGUCUAAACCUGAAAUGUGGAAGAGACAGAGUGGUUCCCUGAAAAGGGAAUUACCUUCCCAAUUCCAGAAGGAUGAGCGUUCAGUGCACGAUCUCGUUGACGAUGUAUCAAGUAGAGAGGCGUGUGAUGAGAGCACCGAUACUGUUUUGACAAAAACUGCUGAAAUAAGGCCUAAUAUCCCUUCUGCAAAAGAAAGCCCCAACACUCCUGAACUCUUCUCUGAAACACCAGCUCCUCUUAGACAGUCAAUGGAUGAUAAUUCUAAACUUAGUUGUUCUUACCUUUCUAAGCUUAAGAUUUCCACAGAACUUGCACAUCCGGAUCUGUACCACCAGUGUCUUAGAUUAAUGGAUAUUGAGCACUGCGCGACUGCAGAUGAGGAAACUGCUGCUUACAUAGUUCUUGAGGGUGGUAUGAGAGCCGUGUCAAUCUCAUCAAGUAGUGCACAUCAAUCUCUUUUCCAUCCAGACAAGAACUCGAUUUUUCAGCAUGCAAUGGACUUGUACAAAAAGCAGAGAAUGGAAAUGAAGGAGAUGCAGGUUGUUUCUGAGGGAAUCACAUCCUCUGAGAGGAGGCUUGAAGAGAAGGAGAUGGAAGUUGUUUGUGGGGAAAUGGCUGCCUCCGAGACAAAACUUGAAGAGAAGACCUUCGAUUUCAAUAAUGGAGAAGUUAAGGUGCCUGAUUCAACUGUUGAUGUGGAAAUGGAACAGGCACCAAUCAAAACCGCUGGUGUUGAUGAGGAAGUUGAGACGACUGAAGCGUUGGGGAAAUUGGAGGAUAUAGCUUCAACUGGCAGCCAGGAGGAGGUUAAGUGUCUUGAAAACCCAGAGGAGUCAUUGCCGAAUAGCAAUUCAAUCGAAGUGGAUAUGAUCGAUUCAGAACAGCUGGUGGUGAACCUAGAGGCUGAAAAGGAUACCAUUUUCAUAGCGAAGGACAACACACCAGUGAAUGACAGUGAUAAAUUCAAUAACAUUGACAUUAAAGGGAUUGCCAAGGGCAACGAUUCUACUCGAUGUGGAGUUGGCAAUUCUUGUUUUGACAAUGCAGUGAGUGGUCCUUUGUCAUUUCCAGAGGAAAUACCCGAGACUUGUGAGGGUUUAAUGCCUGUGUCAAUUGGGUCUGAAUCUUUAAUUUUGAGUCAGAUACAUCAUUCUCCUGAAAGUACACAUUGAAACAAUUUUAAUAUCGCUGAUUUUGUUAUUUUCUUAGUUAAGUUAUUGAUUUUUCUAUUCUUGUUGCUUCAUCUUCCUGCAAGGAAUAAAAUUUCCUACUGUUCUGCA